GAGCUGAGCCCCUGUCAGCGAGCAUUCACAGCUCUAUCGACAUCCACAUGGACUAGCGAUCUACCCUAUACCAGCAAACCGAGCACCAUGGCUGGAGCAUUUGCAGCAGUAUCCAUUCAGAUCAAAGGUGUCUUUAAAAGGAACGGUCUGCUCAUUCUCUCGGUGCUGUCGGUUAUUAUCGGGUGCUCCCUGGGAUUUUUCCUUAGGACGAGGCAUCUCUCCGAACAGGAAAUCAAGUAUUUCCAGUUCCCUGGUGAGCUGUUGAUGAGGAUGCUAAAAAUGUUAAUUCUUCCACUGGUGGUAUCCAGCUUGAUGUCUGGACUGGCGGCUUUGGAUGCAAAGGCUUCAAGUCGAUUGGGUCUCAUCACAAUUGCGUACUACCUCUGGACAACCUUUGUAGCUGUCGUUAUAGGAAUAAUUAUGGUCUCCAUCAUACAUCCUGGUGGUGCAGCGCAGAAGGAGAGUAUCGAUGACAGUGGAAAGCCAAUCAUGAGCUCUGCAGAUGCAUUGUUAGAUCUGAUACGGAACAUGUUCCCAUCUAAUCUAGUUCAAGCUACAUUUCAGCAGUAUCGAACCAAGAUUGUUCCAAUUGUUGUUUCUGUCAAAGUAGUGGGAUCUGAAGCUGACACACGAAUGCCUUUAAUCUAUGGAAUUCAAGGCGACAAUGACUCUGAAAUAGUACAGAACAUUUCCUUGGAUAUCACCCCACCUCCAGAAAUUAUCUACAAAUCAGGGCCAGGAUCAAGUGAGGGGAUGAAUGUUCUUGGCAUUGUUAUAUUUUCUGCAACAAUGGGUAUUAUGCUGGGGAGAAUGGGAAAGAAUGGAAUGCCACUGGUCAGCUUCUGUCAAUGUUUAAAUGAAUCUGUGAUGAAGAUUGUUGCUGUUGCCACAUGUUAUUUCCCUUUAGGCAUAGUAUUCCUUAUCGCUGGCAAAAUCCUGGAGAUGGACGAUCCUACAGCAAUUGGAAAAAAACUGGGCUUUUACGCCAUCACAGUGGUUUGUGGUCUCGUGGUCCAUGGGCUAUUUGUUCUACCCAUGGUGUACCUCUUUAUCACCAAGAAAAAUCCAAUUGUUUAUAUAAGAGGAAUCCUUCAAGCCUUACUCAUAGCUUUGGCUACUUCAUCAAGUUCUGCCACUUUGCCAAUCACCUUCAAGUGCCUGUUGGAAAAUAAUCAUAUCGACAGAAGAAUUGCAAGAUUUGUUUUGCCUGUGGGAGCUACAAUCAACAUGGAUGGCACAGCCUUGUAUGAAGCUGUGGCAGCAAUAUUCAUAGCACAGGUUAACAACUAUGAGCUGGACUUUGGACAAAUUAUUACUGUCAGCAUAACAGCCACAGCUGCCAGUAUAGGUGCAGCAGGGAUUCCACAAGCUGGCCUGGUCACCAUGGUUAUUGUCUUGACAUCUGUUGGUCUUCCUACAGAUGACAUCACUCUAAUAAUUGCAGUCGACUGGGCGCUGGAUAGAUUCCGGACCAUGAUUAAUGUCCUGGGAGAUGCUUUGGCAGCUGGAAUCAUGGCUCAUAUCUGCCGAAAGAAUUUCACUCAGGAAAAUGAUGAAGUUCCACUGAUUGGUGAAACAAAACCCAGUAGCAUAAAUCCGAUCAUGGCCUAUCAGAGAAAUGGAUGCACGAAUGACACCACCAAGUCAGACAAACAAAUCUACGCCAUUACCCCAGAUGGAUCCCAUAAUGUACAAAUAGAGUUGGGCCUCAGCACUAAAAUGGAUCACUGUACUAUUGAAAUAAACGAGUUAGAGACCAAAGUAUAGUGGCGCAAAUGUGUAUUCAACAAGAGUAUUUCAUGCCAUGUUGGUAAAAUGCAUGACUACCUCAGAGCUGGGAAUUUUAUAUACUCAAGAGAAGUAAAAAGUUGAGCUGCUGGAUGACAGUGCUGGACAUGCACAAUUAAUGUGUAUCAAUAUGGACUAUUCAUGCUUUGUCUCUUUUCAUAAAUAUUCCAUGAUUUUUGUCUAUUUGGUUAUUUCUUGAUUGUACAAUGGAAUAAUUUAGGAGGGUACAUUCUUAUAGCUGCUUCAUUGCUAAAAUAAGAAGUAGUAAACUGAACACUUUUGAUUUUAGCAUUUUCUAUCUCUCCUGAUUCUUUUCUCAAAAGAUGGUCUCCACCCUAGGGGGUUCAUGAAGCAGGUAUAUGUUCUGAUUAUAUGAAGAGGUAAGAAAGAAGAAAUUUCAAUAAUUAUUCAGGAACUUUCCAGGUGGCUCUUGUGGUGCAGUGGUGAAAUCCCUACCUCUGAACUGGAAGAUCUGCAUUCAAGUCCUACCUACUCCAAAGAUAUAUCAAAAAUCUUCUGAACAGAUUGAUGUAAAAAAGAAGUCUUUCCUUCUGUAAAGUACAGAAGUAUUAGAAUCUGGAAGCAUUUCAGAAUGAAGUGAUGGUUGUCAAGUGGAAUAAAGCCCUUCAAAAAUCCACUCUCUAAACCUCUAAGUCUUCGCUGGUUGGAAGACCAAAGACUUGACGUCUGACCCACCCCCUACACACACACGCACACACAUUCCAGCUCUUCAUGUUCCAAGAGUGGCUCAUUGGAGAAUCUUGGCAGCUAAUGCUUUAUGUAAAUUGUUGAAGCUCCAUCCAGGGCAGACAUGUUUUACAAAUACUAAUUUUCGUUCCUGGAAACUGAAUGUUUAAGCUCUUGAGAGCCAAAAUUAACUUAAUAGAAUCAAGCUAAUAUAUAUUUAUUCAAAAUCUCUUCUUAGCACUUACAGCUCAAAAUCCUGAUGCAUUACAAUUCCUCUUCCAUAGACUUCAG